AGAAUGUGGAACAAGUAGAAAUAUAUAAAUAAACAUUGAAAAUCAAUAUACAUGAAAUUUUUAUUGGUAUUUGUUCUGUUAACUGUUUUUAUAAUAAAUAUGUUUUGAGUAUAGUUUAACAGAAUAUAAAAGUGAAGAUAAGAAAACUAAUGGAGGUUAUGCUACGUUGCAAAAGUAGUGUUGAAAGUAUAUUCAUUGAGCAGGUUUCCAGUCAUGUAAGAAAAAACUAAAAUAAUUUUACAUUUAACAAUAGCUGAAGAGCCUCACCCUAAAAAAGUACCUCAAAACAAAACUUUUAAAGCAAUUUACAAUCUGUACCAAUGACAAAAUUUCUAAGUUGCAAUGAGUAAUACAAUAUUAUUCAUAAAUAAAUGUAUAUUUUACUAUAUAUUUUAUAAAUAUAUUUAAUUUUAUAUACAUACAUGUAAGAUUGUCAAAAACAGAAGAUAAUAAAUGAAUCGAACAUUUUAACACAUUCUUACCCCUAUGUUUCUGUUAAUGAGAAUGAGUGACAUUUUACUGAAAAGGGGAAAGUUUUAAAUCCAUUAAUUAAAUUAUAUAGUAAAAAACACACAAAACACCUAAAGGCAAUACACCGAACGAAAAACAGAUUUCCUUUCGCACUUAAAGAUAGAAAACAAUUUGGAUAAGAAUAACCGAAUACAAACGGAAUAUUAUUCGCAUAAAAGUUCAAGUAAUGAAUAGAUUGAUUUCGUUUUAUUAUAAGUGCUAAAAAUGUCGUUUAUAAAUAAUCUGAAAAAAGUUUUCCACCUUGGGGGUGGAGAGGCAAAGAAAAAACGCCUUUACAAUAACAUUAAAAUGGAUACAGAUCCAACAGAAUUUUGGGAAAUGGUAGGGGAAUUAGGCGAUGGUGCCUUUGGAAAAGUUUAUAAAGCCCAACAUAAAGACCAUAAAAGAUUUGCUGCGGCGAAAAUGUGCACCUUAGAAGAUGAGGAAAAUUUAAGUGAUCACAUGGUUGAAAUUGAUAUCCUCUCGGAAAUAAAACAUCCGAACAUAGUUGAGUUGUAUGAAGCCUUUUCAAUUGAUGACAAACUCUGGAUGCUAAUUGAGUAUUGCGAUGGUGGUGCAUUGGAUAGCAUAAUGGUUGAAUUAGAAAAACCACUUACAGAAACGCAAAUAUCUUACGUUUGUAAGUAUAUGACAUUGGGAUUAAAUUUUCUGCACAAAAAUAAAGUAAUACACAGAGAUUUGAAAGCCGGAAAUGUCCUGCUAACCAUGGAUGGAGGAGUUAAAUUAGCUGACUUUGGUGUAUCUGCUAAAAAUAAGCACACUCUGCAAAAACAUGACACUUUUAUUGGAACUCCGUAUUGGAUGGCGCCCGAACUUGUUCUAUGUGAAACUUUUCGGGAUAAUCCAUAUGAUUUAAAAGUUGAUAUAUGGUCACUUGGUAUUACACUUAUUGAAUUGGCUCAAAUGGAACCACCGAACAGCGAAAUGUCACCAAUGCGUGUCUUAUUAAAAAUUCAAAAAAGCGAACCACCAAAGUUAGAUAAUCCUUUAAAAUGGAGUAAGGAAUUCAAUGACUUUUUAAAAAAGGCACUGGUCAAGGAUCCUCAUCAACGACCUGACACAGAUACUCUCCUACAACACAACUUUAUCAAAAAUGAUCUUGAUGCAAAACCAAUCAAAGAUCUUCUACUGGAGUAUAAAGCAGAGGUUGUUGAAGAAGUUGUUGACGAGGAAGCAGAAGAACCCCGCAACUCGGCGCUCCGACUCGACCUGGACGAUGACUCAGCUUCACUGCAGAGUCAAGAUAUUGAUAAAGUUCCAGGUACUCCUACGUCCAUAUUGAGAGAAUCCAAAGACAAUUCUCAUUCAAGUAGUAUACCACAAAUUAACCAAUUACAAGAAGAGGGUACAUACCCAGUUAUGCAAAAGUCAAUUAAAAAUAGCAUUUCCAUCGAAGUAGAGAAAGAACCAAAUUCCGUUGUUGCAUCUAUUACUUCGUCACCAGAUGAAAUAAAAUUGCCGACAGCAAUAUCCAGUAAACAAACAACGCCACUUCAACAAAUUCCUGAGGGAUCUGUUCUUACUGAGGUGGAUAAACCUAUUGGCAUAACAAAUGAAAAUGAUAAAAAGAUAAUAAAAAAAGAAAAAGGGAAAGCACCAUUGCCACCUCCAUCAGCUUUGUUGUAUCAAGAUACUAAAAACUCUAUAAAAUGCAAAGCAGAGGAGUCUACGAAAUUAGUAAAUGAAUCUGAAAAACAAUCAAAACAAAAUAAUAUAGUUGUGGAAUUCAAAGACGAAAAAGAUGAUGAUAAACUUAAGUGUGAUUCUAAGUGUGAUUGGGAUAAUAAACAACAGCCUUCUCCUACAGCAUCGUCAGCACAUUCAAUACAGUCGACAACUUCAUCGAAAAGUAGUCCAGGAACAGUAAUGAGUUCAACAACUUCUCUAAUUACAAUAAAUAGUGAUGCUUCUCAACAAAGUUCUUCAAGUAUUGUUUAUCCGAAUAGUUUAGAAGCAAAUAUAAGUCAAAUAACAGUGGUGACUAGUACGCAUCCACCAGUGAUUGUAGAUAAUUCAAAGUCUCGAUCGCCUACUUCAGAUGAGGUUGUUAUUGUUUCAAAUGAUUUAAAUAGAAGUACACGUAUUCAGGAGUCAUCAACCGAUGAUGAAUGCCCUUCAUUAGAUGAUAGUUUAGAUGAUUCCCCAUUACAUUCACAAUCUUCAAUGAUUGUUACGAUUAGUGAAAAUAGAGCAGAGGAUGGAAAUAAACAAGAUAUUGGUGUUUCUGUAAAUCAAAUGUCACCAACAAAUUUAAAUUCAACACAUGCUCGUAAAUUAGACGAAAGUGAAGUCCUUAUUGUAAGCCCUUCAUAUACAGACAAUGAUUGUUUCAAUAUUUCUAGUAUUAAUGAUCAUAAUGAAAAUGUAAUGGAUACCAGUCAUGUUUCAGUAGUAACAGUAGGAGAUGAAAUUAAAGUAAAAGACAGUAGUCAUGUUAAUAAUGUAAGACAUGAAGGAAAUAGUAUUGCUGACUUUAAACCCGAGUGCAAUGUAAAAGCAAAUCCUUAUGUAAUCAAUCAAAAUGGUCAGGCAAUAGUUGAAGAUGUUAACAUAAUUGUUAAUCGUGGUACUUCGUUGCCAACAAUUGGAAAAGAUUCAUCUAAUGAAAGGCGAAUUUCUCCUGGUAGUAGCGUUGGAUCUAUGGACUCAAAAACACUGAGUGAAAAUGAAUCUGUUCGAUCUAAUAGUAGUAUUACUCAUCGUGGAGUAGAAGUUAAAAUUGUUGGUAUUGAUCGCAGUGACGCUGAUAGUGUUUGUACCACAACUAGUCAUGAUAGUCGCAACGAAGUUGACAAUAAUCAAACAAAAUUGACUGAAGACGAGGAAGUUAUAAUAAGACAUAAACCAGUACCUGUUAUGCCGAAAAGUGUGACAACUGCUCCAGCUCCCACAAAGGAAGAAAUAGAGCUCAGAAAUUUAAGAAAAAAAACUCGAAAACGUACAAGAAAAUUUGAAAUUGAUGGUGUUCAAAUGACUACAACUACUAGUAGGGUUAUAUAUGGAGAUGAUGAAACUGGUCGUUUAUAUGAUGAUCAUGUUUUUAGAAAACAAGAGUUACGAGAACUUAAAAUGCUGCAAAAACAAGAGAAAAAACAGCAAAAUGACUUACAGCUGAAGGAGCAAAUAGCUAAAGAACAACAAGAUCGAAGAUUUGAACAGGAGCGUAUAUCAUUGGAAAAGACAUAUGAAUCUGAUAUGGAUACUCUAGCAAGACAACAUAAGCAGUUAAUAGAAAAGACAGAACAGUCACAAGAACAUGAACUACGAUCUGCUUCUAAACGUAUACGGUCAGAACAAGAGCAAGAGUUAAAAAUAUUUCGGGAAAAUCUUAAGCAGGAAAUUCGUUUGCUAAAACAAGAAGUUGAUCUUUUGCCAAAAGAUAAGCGUAAAGAUGAAUUUAAACAACGCCGAUCAGCUAUGGAAUUGGAUCAUGAAGAAAAAGAAAGAGCCUUUUUGGAUUCACUUAAAGAACGUCAUGAAUUACUGCUGCGAAGAUUAAGCGAAAAACAUCGUGACCAUCUUGCCACUAUAAAUCGCAACUUUUUACAACAAAAACAAAAUGCUAUGAGGACGCGUGAAGCAUUACUCUGGGAACUGGAAGAGAAGCAACUACAUGAAAGACAUCAACUUUCGAAAAGACACGUAAAAGAAAUUUGUUUUAUGCAACGGCAUCAAAUGAUAGUACGACAUGAAAAGGAGUUAGAUCAGGUUAAACGUAUGUUACAGCGUAAAGAAGAAGAUCUAUUGAAAAAACAAACAUUAGAAAAGAGAGCUUUACCGAAACGAAUUCGAGCUGAGCGAAAAGCUCGAGAUUUAAUGUUUAGGGAAUCGCUGCGAAUAUCGACAAAUCUAGAUCCAGAAGUUGAAAGAGAAAGAUUGAAAAAGUUUCAAGAGCAAGAAAAGAAACGUUAUACUCAGGAGGAGCGUCGUUUCGAAAUAAAGCAUCAGAAGCAACUUGAAGAAUUAAAAGCAACCCGUGAAGGAGCAAUAAGGGAACUGGAACAACUUCAAAACGAAAAACGUAAAGCUUUAGUAGAACACGAACAAGCUAAAUUGUCGGAAAUUGAUGAGCGUCUAAGAGCUGAGCUUAAAGUUUGGAAAGAACAACUAGUACCACGUAAACAGAAAGUGAUAAACAAUAUAAGUGAUAUGACCAAUAAAUUUCAACGAAAGCAUGGAGCAUUAUCUGAUAGUUUUGCAAAUGAAACGCAAGAAUUCGAGGUACCGAUUCAAUUGCGAAAUAUUUGCAGUGGUGGCCGGCCUUUACCAAAGGGCGUGUUUUUAAAUAAUCCAAUGAGUCGAUCACGAACAUCCUUAUUGUUAUCUUUAGACAAAGGUUAUAAUUUCCGAAACUCCACACCAGAUCUUAUCCAAAGUGUGCCCAACACGCCAAUUUUACAUAAACAAAAAAGAGCUGGUAUUUUAAAUAUUAAAUCUGAAGAAAUGGCAAAUGAAUCUAAUCUGAAGACUUCAGAAGCUGUGCAAAUGGAAGGGUUUGAGAACGCUGUUGAUUUACGUGAUAAAACACUGUUAACUCGACAUACAGCUACACUACCAAAUAGAAAUUUCGAAACAAAAUUAAUAAAAAUUCAAACAUCCAGCAAUAGUAAUAAUAAGAUUACAACAAAUUCUGAACUCUCUCUAAGUACUUUUCGAAACACGAUGCCGCCACAGUAUCAUAUUAACAGUAACAGUAACAGUAACAGUAACAGUCACAGUCUACGUGAUGAUGAACUUACAGAUAAAGGUGUAAUUGUAAAUCGUUUUAAAUCCGUAAAUACUAGCAUCGAAGAACCGUUGCAAUCAUCUAAUGGUGUAAAAACAGAUCUUCCAACUCUGUUACACACUGCAUCAUUUACAAUUAAACGACCAUCGUUGUUGCCAAACCACAGGCUCUCAGUUAGUAGUACGCAAUCGUUGUACAAUAUUAAUGAAGCAAGUCUAGAAACUGAUCAAAUGAAUGUUAUUAAUAUAGAUGCUUCGCCCGGAAAUAGGGCAGCCAGUUUACUUGAGAGUGUUGAACCUCAGUUACGUGCAUCUACUAAGUAUAACAACACAGUUACAGUACAAUCACCAAAUAAUGCCACGAACAUAUUUAAUAUUGAUAAAUCAACAAAAUUCGUAUUGCCCAGAGUAUCUACAAUUGACAAAAAAAAUACAACAAAAGACGAUUCCGUAGUGUAAAUAAUCAUUAUCAUAACUUUUCUCAUUGUUAAUAUAAAUAAAUUGUGUUUGCAAUAUUGCCUUUUGCAUCGUAUCCUACGAUAUCAAAUAACAGUUUCUUGUAUCCUACUAUAAUUAUGUGUAUAA